GUGUGUGAUUUUUAAAGAUAAGCCAUGUAUUCAAGAAUAAUCUAAAGAUUUAAAAAUUAAGAAAUUCAAAAUGUUAGAAAAGUCUAUAUUAAGAAUUUGUAAACAAACUGUAAAGUCAAAUAUUUUACGAAAGUACAGUACCAAAUAUUCGAUAAAAUUAGAUGAGCAAGUUUCUCAUGCAAUUGAAAAUAAUACAUAUAAACCUCGAAAACAUCCAGGAAUUUUUAAAUCGAAUAAUAUUUCAGUUCCAGACAAUAUUGUUACAUCAAUACAUAAUGUUUUUCAAGAUUAUCCGUUAAAAGCAGUAUGUGAAGAUAGUAAAGCAUUAGUUAACUUUUUAUAUCAUCGACAUCCACCUGCUGAAGAUCGUGAAAUAAAAGAAAAACAAAAGGAAAUAGAGAAUAUAAUUAUAAAUAAACAUGCAGAAGGGAAAGAAUACGAUAGAAAUGAAAAAAAGAAUAUUUUAUCAAAAUAUGAACCUAAUAUUAGGAAUUUGUUAAAGACUCAAUUACCACAAUGGAGUAGUAUAAAUUAUACAACUUACACAGCUUUACAAUAUCUAGUCAGUCGUGCUGCACCAGAAUACGCUGUUUUGGUACGAAUAUUUCAAGAAUUGGAUGAACGAUAUCCUAAUUUUAAUCCAAGAACAUUUUUUGAUUUUGGUUCGGGUGUUGGCACUGGUACUUGGGCAGCAAAAUUAUUAUGGGAAAAAUCACUUUAUGAAUACUUUUGUGUUGAUAUAUCGUCAUGUAUGAAUGAUUUGGCAGAUAUUUUAUUAAAAAAUGGAUAUGCAAAUAAACCAUCGACUGUACGGGGCUUAUUUCACAGGCAAUUUCUACCAGCUUCGAAUACCCAAUACGAUAUCGUUUUAUCAGCGUAUUCAUUAUUGGAAUUACCCUCAAGCAAUAACCGUUUUGAAACUGUUUUAAAUUUGUGGAAUAAAACUAGGAAAUUUUUAAUUAUUGUAGAGCAAGGAAAUAGUAGUGGAUUUAGGGUGACGAAUGAAGCACGAGAUUUUAUUUUAAAUUUACCAGAUGAAAAGAACACUGCACAUGUAUUUAUGCCCUGUCCUCAUGAUAAGCCAUGCCCAAGAUUUUUAAACGAUAAUACUCCAUGUAAUUUUGAAGUAAGCUAUCGUACUUUACCAUUACUAGGCAGUUCCGAGUAUCAUCGAGAACGAUAUUCUUAUGUUGUUUUACAAAAGUCUCCGAGAAAUGAAAACGAUGUUUCUUGGCCAAGAAUAGUACGCCCUACUUUAGUUAAAUCCAAGCAUACUAUUUGCAGAUUGUGUACAUCAAAAGGUACAUUGGAAGAAGUUAUUUUUACAGCUUCCAAACACGGAAAGACGUCAUAUCAUUGUGCCAGAGCCAGUAAAUGGGGAGAUCUUUUACCAAUUACUAUUGAACCAAAAAGUUGAUUAUGUGAAAGAUUGAAUACUUAAAAUUUAGCCAACCUCACAAUAAGCAAUUUGAUCAGGCAUGCCAAAACUAAGAGCAAUUUUCAAUUAACUUUCGUAAUUAUCGUUUAAACUUAAGAUUUUAAUAAAAUGUCUGCGUUUCUGCCCAGUACGUU